AUGGACGAACCUUCUCCCAUCUUCAUUGACGUCAAAGACAUCCCUGCCCCGGAGCGCGAAUUCCUCGAGACCUACUCUCGAAUUCCCCCAGAGGAAGUCAUCCCCCACGUCAUCGCCAUCCGCAACGAAGCCUUCGCCAUCUACCCGUGGCCCUGCAUCGGCCAGCUUCACUUCCUCUACUUCACUCUCGCCAACUCCCAAUUCUACCCUGCGCUCCUCGCCCGCCUGACCUCCACCUCCACCUCCACCUCCCCGCCCCCUUCCCUCCUCGACGUAGGCUGCUGCUUCGGCCAGGACCUCCGCAAACUCAUCGUCGACGGCGUAUCGCCCUCCCAAAUCGCCGGCCUCGACCUCGCCCCCGCCUUCAACACCCUCGGAUACAAGCUCUUCCGCGACGACGUCCCCCGAGACGGCCGUCCCGCCCUGCAAUUCGAUUUCUACCCACGGGAUAUCCUCGACGAUACCGCCGAUUGGACGCCAAUCGCCAAAAGAUUCGAUGUCAUCCAUACGGCUCAUUUCUUGCAUAUCUGGGACUGGGAUACCCAGGUGAAGGUUGCUUGUCGGCUUGUGUCGUUUUUGAAGCCCCAGGCGGGGAAUAGUAUUGUUGGGACUCUUCUUGCGACGGAGGGCGAGGAGGGCGCCGAGGGAAAGGUUUUGGAAAGGUUUGAUCGGAAAGGUCAGUAUUUCAGACAUGAUCUGUCUUCGUUCGACAGGUUUUGGGGCGUCGUGGGUGAGAGCGUGGGCAUUAAGUUGGGGGUGCAGGCUUCGUUUGCGAAGAUUGAUUUGCCCGAGGAUUUGAAGGGCGCUGCGUGGGCGCAUUCGGGUAUGGGGAGUAUUGAGUUCCAGGUUACCAUGGUGUAGAUAGGUCUGAUAUUGAAG